CAGACAAAGAUCUGCUUUGGGUUAUAGGCGGAUCCUUUUAAACCUGCAGCAGCCUCAAGUCUCGGUCUUUGGGGUAAAGAAGGGCAAAAAAAUGUCACCUUGCUGUUGCUGCGCCAUUCCUUCUUCUUCCACCUCCAACUCCUCUCUCCCCAUCCUUCCCUCUCUCCUCCAAGCCAAAUCCCUCUCACCUCUUCACCGCCUCCCCUCCAGAAUCCCGGCGACCCAUUCGAGUCCACAAUGCACUGCGCAAGCCACGUCUUCCGUCAAUUCUCGAUAUCUCCCCAAAGUCGCCGACCCGUUCGACGAAACGCCCCAUAGCAAAGCCCGCUCCUACGCCAAGCUCAUCAGCUCCCAUUGCCGGUCGCAGCGGUGGAGCGACGUGAUCUCCGUGCUCGCCUCCAUGAUCGCGGACGGUGCCACGCCUGAUAGGUUCCUCCUGCCGAAGAUCCUCAAGGCCUGCUCCGAGCUGCGGGACUGGGGAACUGCCGCAACCGUCCAUGGGUAUGUGAUUACUGCUCCUCUGGAGGUCGACAUAGUCGUCGGAAAUUCUAUUGUUGACAUGUAUUCCAAGUGCGGAGAUAUCACCUCAGCGCGCGCGUUCUUUGAUCGGAUGACCGUAAGGGAUGUCAUCUCGUGGACCGCUCUCGUCAAUGCCUAUGCUGACGCUGGGUUGCUGGAUGUGGCGCAAGCUAUGUUUCAGUCGAUGAGGGAGAAUGGGGUUCGACCGGAUUUGAUAUCGUGGAACGCGUUGAUUUCUGGGUUUGCUCGGAACGGGGAGACCGGCAUGGCCCUUCUCCUCUUGGACGAGUUGCAAGAAAAUGGGCUUCAGCCAGGCACCAAUUCUUGGAAUGGAGUUGUGUCUGGUCUUGUUCAGAAUGGGUGCUUUGAUGAUGCACUGGAAAUUUUCAGACAAAUGUGCUUGCAUGAGAAACCAAAUGCUGUCACGAUAGCAAGCAUUCUUCCUGCUUGCUCGGGCCUGACGGCUUUGAAUCUUGGGCAGGAAUUGCAUUCAUAUGUGAUAAGGAAUGGAAUGAAGAUGAACGUUUUCGUGGGUGGGUCUUUGAUUGAUAUGUAUCUCAAGUGCGGAAAGAGUGGUUUUGCAGAGAGGGUGUUUGCUGAUCUGGAGAAUAGGAAUGUGCCUGUGUGGAAUGCACUGAUUGCAGCAUAUGCUGAUGAGGAUAAGAUGAGUGAGGCCCUGGAUCUUCUUGAUUUGAUGCAGAAAGAUGGAUUUGUGCCUAAUGUGAUCACAUACAAUACAUUUAUUGCUGCUUAUGCAAGAAGGGGCCAAAAAGAUGAGGCCUUUAAGUUUUUGUUUGAAAUUAUUCGGAAGGGUUUGAAGCCCAAUGUUGUUUCUAUGAAUGCACUAACAUCUGGCUUCCAUCAUUCUGGUCUUAAUGAUGAGGCAUUGGAUUUGUUUCGAGAGAUGCAAUUGCCAAAAUCGUUCAGCACAAGAUGUUCUAGCGUUCUGAUUGGCCUGUUGGAUGUGAUAAUCCAACCUAAUGCUGUAACCAUUACUUCUAUUCUCUCAGUCUGCGCAGGCCUUAAGUUACAUCAUUCUGGAAAGGAAGUUCAUGGCUUCAUUUUGAGAAAUAGUUUUGAGUCUAAUGUCUUUGUUUCAAGUGCAUUGGUUGACAUGUAUGCGAAAUGUUGUGACAUGUCUUCUGCUACCAAGGUUUUUCAUGGAAUGAAAGACAAAAAUGUAGUGUCUUGGAAUGUACUCAUGGCAGGUCACAAUUAUAAUGAGCAUCCAGAAGCUGCUUUGAAGCUAUAUUUGGAAAUGUUAGAGCAGAACUUUGUUCCUAGUUCCAUUACGUUGAUGAUCCUACUGUUGUCUUGCAGCAAUAUAAUGGCUCUGAGGUUGGGCAGAGAAUUGCAUAGCCGCAUUGAAAAGGGCAGACCUGAUGGCUGUCCUCUUACUUUAGCAAGCACCCUGAUAAAUAUGUAUGCAAAAUGUGGUAGUAUUAAAGAUGCUAAAUUAGUGUUCGACUGUGUAAUUGAAAAGGACUUGGUAAUAUGGAACGCGAUGAUGGCUGGUUAUUCACUCCACAGAAUGACUACGGAUGCCCUAAGCUUGUUUAAACAAAUGCAGCAAUCUGGUAUCAAGCCGGACCAUAUUACUUUUACUGCAAUCCUUUCGGCAUGCAACCAAGAAGGUUUUGUAGAUGAAGGCUGGAAGCUUUUUAAAAUGAUGGAGGAUAUUUUUGGAGUUUCUCCCACCUUGGAGCACUUUACCUGCAUGGUUGAUAUGUUGGGUACUGCAGGUUUACUGGAGGAGUCUCUGGAUCUCAUCAGAAGAAUUCCAUUCAGACCUGAUGCUUGCCUGUGGGCUACUCUUCUUAAAGCAUGUAGACUACAUUCAAAUUAUGAGAUCGGAGAAAGGGCAGCAAGGGCACUUUUUGAGUUAGAACCUCAAAAUGCUUUGAAUCACAUAGUGCUCUAUAACAUCUUUGCCAUGUCCGGGUUGUGGGAUUCUGCUAGUACCAUGAGGAAUGCGCUGAGGGAUCAGGGGUUAAAGAUGGUUGACAUAUGUAGCUGGAUAGAAAUAGGCAGUGCCAUCCACUCCUUUAAAUCUGGAGAUAGCUCCCAUCCUGAAAUGGAGACAAUUCUGGCCAUGUGGAACAAGUUAGCUGAUGGAAUGUCGAAGGGUGGGUAUGUUCCUCAGAAUAUUGUGUUCUGUGAUCAAGGAGAAGUUGAUCCCUUCACUUGUUACCACACUGAAAAGCUUGCAGUAUGUCUAGGCAUUAUCUUUCUGCGUGCUAACAUCCCUAUACGUGUCUCCAAGAAUGUCCGGAUGUGCAUUGACUGCCACUCAUCAAUUAAAUUUAUAAGCAAAAUCGAGGACCGAGAUAUCUUUAUAACAGAUGGGUGCUUCUAUCACCAUUUUAAAGAUGGAACUUGCAGCUGCGGGGACAAAUGGUGAUUGAACAACACUAGAAACGAACUAGAAUUGGUGUAUUGUUCAUCUAGGUGAUGGUUCACCUAAGAUCUAACAUCCAUAAUAAAUAAUGAGUUAAGGGCUCACUGAUCAUGCAGGAUAUAUGUGGUUAGAUGUGGUAAGCUUCAAACUGGAUGUAUCUGCAUCAGAAAAUUACCAUUUGUAGACAUUCUUUCAAUUGAUGCAACAGUCAUGGUCAGAUGUCGACUUAACAUAGAUGUAAGUUGCAAAGUUUGAAGUUUCUGCAUCAGAAAAUAGCCGACUGACAUUGCUGGCAAUGGAUGAAACAGUCAGACUGAGCAGGACCAGCUACAUGAUAUCCCAGACCAACAUGCCUAGUUGUUCUAUACACUAUUGCUGCAUGGUGUUCCAUUGAGGUAAGGUGGAUCUACUUAUGCAUUUAAAAGGAUUUAACAAUUAUCUUAGCUGGAGUGGUGAGGUGAUAAUACACUGUUUAAUUGUAAGAAAACAAAAUUUGCACUGUGGACAAAUUAGAUUGCUUUGAUAUUCUUUCAGAUGGUUAUUUUGGAUAAAUGAUUAAGAUCUGUAUGUAAUAUCUCAUUAAUUACCUUGAAUUAAUGAGAUAUUUGGAUUAAGAUCUGUAUGGUUAUUUGGAUUAAUUACCUUGAAUGUAAUAUCUCAUUUUCA